GCGCCUGGGGCAAGGUGCCAAAGGUUCCCUAUAAAGUGCUGGGGCUCUGGGCCACUGGCCACUCACCCUCCGGUUGCUGGCCUGCCUCUUUGGGGAGGGACCUGCUUGGCGACCACCAUGGUGAGGCUUGUGCUACCCAACCCGGGCCUGGAGGCCCGGAUCCCCUCCCUGGGCCAGCUGGAGACCAUUGAGGCGGAGGAGGCCAGCUCCCGGCCCAAGUGGGACAACAAGGCCCAGUACAUGCUCACGUGCGUGGGCUUCUGCGUGGGCCUGGGCAACGUGUGGCGUUUCCCUUACCUGUGCCAGAGCCACGGCGGAGGCGCCUUUAUGAUCCCGUUCCUCAUCCUGCUGGUCCUGGAGGGCAUCCCCCUGCUGCACCUGGAGUUUGCCAUCGGGCAGAGGCUGCGGAAGGGGAGUGUGGGCGUCUGGAGCUCCAUCCACCCAGCCCUGAAGGGCGUCGGCAUUGCGUCCAUGUUCGUGUCCUUCAUGGUGGGCUACUACUACAACACCAUCAUCGCCUGGGUCAUGUGGUACUUCUUCAACUCCUUCCAGGACCCCCUGCCCUGGAGCGAGUGCCCGCUCAACGCCAACCAGACAGGCUACGUGGACGAGUGUGCCCGCAGCUCCUCCGUGGACUAUUUCUGGUACCGGGAGACCCUCAACAUCUCCACCUCCAUCAGCGACUCCGGCUCCAUCCAGUGGUGGGUCCUGCUCUGCCUGACCUGUGCCUGGAGCGUCCUCUACGUCUGCACCAUCCGUGGGAUCGAGACCACUGGGAAGGCCGUGUACAUCACCUCUACGCUGCCCUACGUCGUCCUAACCAUCUUCCUCAUCCGCGGCCUGACGCUGAAGGGAGCCACCAACGGCAUCGUGUUCCUCUUCACGCCCAACGUCACGGAGCUGGCCAACCCUGUCACCUGGCUGGAUGCGGGGGCUCAGGUCUUCUACUCCUUCUCGCUGGCCUUUGGGGGCCUCAUCUCCUUCUCCAGCUACAACUUUGUGCACAACAAUUGCGAGAUGGACGCUGUGAUCGUGUCGGUGAUCAACGGCUUCACGUCCGUGUAUGCGGCCACCGUGGUCUACUCCAUCAUUGGCUUCCGCGCCACGGAGCGCUUCGACGACUGUUUCAGCACGAACAUCCUGACACUCAUAAACGGGUUCGACCUGCCCGAGGGCAACGUGACACAGGAGAACUUCGAGGAGAUGAAGCUUUGGUGCAACAGCUCGGAUCCCGAGGCCUUCGCGAGGCUGCACUUCCAGACCUGUGACAUGAACAGCUUCCUCUCAGAGGGCGUGGAGGGCACCGGGCUGGCCUUCAUCGUCUUCACGGAGGCCAUCACCAAGAUGCCCUUGUCCCCGCUGUGGUCCGUGCUGUUCUUCAUCAUGCUGUUCUGCCUGGGCCUGUCGUCCAUGUUCGGGAACAUGGAGGGCGUGGUCGUGCCCCUGCAGGACCUCAGGAUCAUCCCAAAGAAGUGGCCCAAGGAGCUGCUCACGGGCCUCAUCUGCCUGGGGACGUACCUGCUGGCCUUCGUCUUCACGCUAAACUCCGGCCAGUACUGGCUCUCCCUGCUGGACGGCUACGCGGGCUCCAUCCCGCUGCUCGUCAUCGCCUUCUGUGAGAUGUUCGCCGUCGUGUAUGUGUACGGCGUGGACAGGUUUAACAGGGACAUCGAGUUCAUGAUCGGCCACAAGCCCAACAUCUUCUGGCAAGUCGCAUGGAGAGUGGCCAGCCCGCUGCUCAUGCUGGUCAUCUUCCUGUUCUUCCUCGUGGUCAAGGUCAACGAGGAGCUGGUCUACAGCGUCUGGGACCCUGCCUACGAGGAAUUUCCCAAAUCCCAGAAGGUCACAUACCCGGGCUGGGUGUACGCUGUGGUCGUCAUUGUGGCUGGGGUGCCCUGCCUGGUCAUCCCCGGCUUUGCCAUCUACAAGCUGCUCCAGAACCGCUGCCAGAGGCCGGGGGACCGCCAGGGGCUGGUCAGCGGGCUGUCCACGGCCUCUGUCAAUGGGGACCUGAAGUCCUGAGUGGCGCAGCCCAGCGUGUGUGGCUGUUGGUGUUGGGAAGUUCCAGGCCACACACGUGCGAGUGCAUGUGCACAAGUGUGCAUGAGUGUGCUUGUGCUACACAGGUAUG